CGGAACUUAUCAGUGUGACAUCCACCGGAAGUAAACAAUACAGGCACUAGCAGCAUUAGCUUUAUGGAUGUAAUUAGCUGGGAGGUGAUGUUAUACUCGUAGCGCUGAUAAUUAUUUAAUUUCUAAUGAAGCAACAAUGUCUUCAGCUCAGUGUUUUCGAGAGUUUCUCCGGGAGCGACUAACUGCUGCUGCUACUGAGGAAAUAUUCGGGGUUUUUAAGAAAACUAUCGUCAAGUACGAGGAGGAGAUCGACCGUCAGCGCAGACUGUUGGAUACCGACUGGAAACCCGAAGUAAAAUUACACAGAGUAGAUGUCUGCCAUCCAGGGCUCCCACAGCAACAUGCCUGUAAGCAGGAGGAGGCUCUCGAUGACCAGCAGCUCUGUACUCAGGAGAGGAGCUCCAGUCUGGACCAAGAGGACCCUCAGAUUAAAGAGGAGCAGGAGGAGCUCUGCACCAAUCAGGAGGGAGAGCAGCUUGUAGUGAAGGAGGAGAUUGAUGCCUUUGUGUGGACUCCUACUGAUGAGGAAAGUGACCACAGUGAUGAACAGACUCUGAACUUCAAUCCUGAUGACACUCUAAGAGCAGCACAAAAACAGUCUGUAGUCUACAUGCCAGUUAUAAGCUCUGUGGUUGUACCAGAACCAAACAGUGACCACCAGCUCUUUGCUCACACCUCUCAUGUAGACGAGAGCGAAGAUCAGGAAAGAGAAGAGCAAGGAGACUUGGGAUCAACCAGAAAUGUCGAACCAAAGAAAAGUAAUCACAAAAGCAGAGAUCACAAUAACACUGUAUACAACCCUACCAUGUCAAACAUUCAACUCAAUACUGAUACAGGUAAAAAGUCUUUAAAAUGUGACACAUGUGGGAAAGCUUUUAAGUGUAAGUCAAAAUUGACUAUACAUUUGAGAAUCCACACAGGUGAGAAGCCGUUUACGUGCAAAACGUGUGGGAAAGAUUUCAGACGUGGUAGUACCCUGAUAGACCACAUGAGAACUCACACAGGUGAGAAACCAUAUUUUUGCAAAAUAUGUGGGAGAGAUUUCAGGUUUAGCAGCGACUUUGCAGUCCACAUGAGAUCGCACACAGGUGAGAAGCCGUAUCUCUGCAGCACCUGUGGGAAAUCAUUCAGUCGGACAUCUGAAUUAAAGAGUCAUGUAAGACUCCAUACAGGUGAGAAGCCACAUUUGUGCAAAACGUGUGGGAAAGCUUUCAGACUUAGCUGUAGCUUGAUAGCCCACACGAGAAUCCACACAGGUGAGAAGCCGUAUCCUUGCAACACCUGUGGGAAAAGGUUUAUUCGGAUGUCGGAAUUGAAGGCUCAUAUAAGAAUCCACACAGGUGAGAAUCCUUAUUCUUGUAAAACAUGUGGAAAAGGUUUCAGAUAUAACAGUCGCUUGCUGGUCCACAUGAGAAGAGCCCACACUGGUGAGAAGCCGUACCUUUGCAAGACCUGCGGGAAAAGCUACUUUGAUGCAUCUCAAUUGGCAAGGCAUAUAAAAACGCAUGCAAGCAUGUAGCCUUGUAUUUUACUACGUGGCAGGCAAUUUAGUCCUAGAUGUUCAUGGUGUAAACACACAAAAACCAACAGAAGUGAGGAGCUACAUAAUUACAGCAUUUUUGGGAAAAGUCUGACUCAUACUUUAAGAAGCUCCUGGCUGAGGAUCAAAAUACACACGGGAGAAACCACUGAGCUGAAAUUCCAGUGGAAACAUGUUGACCGACUCAAUACACUUUUGCAAUCACUACAUCUCUGUAAUUAAUUAUGUGCAAUAUCACAUUCAAAAGAGGUCACAUUAUCUUAGUAUAUGGAAGUAGUAAAUCAGAAAUGCCAUCAAGUUUAACCCUUUGAAACAUCACUUUUCUUGUAAUGGUAAACCUUUGAGCCUUGUGCAAAUUGGUGCGAAUUCUUUCAAAAACAUGGGUAAAAAGAUGAUGAGCAACUUGGUGUGACAUUUCCCACAGAUUGAAAAAAAAAAAAAGAUUUAGGAAGUGUUUUUUAAAGAAUUUUACUAAUUUCCUUGUUUUUAAUUUUAUCUUUUUUUACUAAUUUCUUGCUAAGUUUUUGGGUCAUUUCAUCUUUAAUUGCUCAUAGCCUUCUUCCCGUGCUUUUAAAGGAAAUUAAGCCAAUUUGCUCAAGUUAUACGCAACAGUAUUUCUUUAAAACAAUCAUAAUCUCGAGAAUAUUCUAAAAAGCCCUUCUUGCACAAAGAGUUAGUAGUUACUACAAAUGCUUGACCUGUUGAAUUAAUCUAGUAUUAUUAUCAGUAUUAUUAUUAUUGAUAACAUUUUUAUACACUACUUAAGUUAUAUCAGUGGAUUGUGAACUCUUGAUGUUGAGGCUGAGAAACCCUGUCUCUAGUAGUGUUUGGUCACUUAUGUUGUCAUUCUACCAAUUGUUUUUUUGUUAUUUAAUGUCCUAUUUUUAUAUAUAAUAUAUAUAUAUUUUGUAAUUGCAUGAACCUGAUAUACUUUUUAAGUUUGGGUGUUUAGAGGUGACACACAAAUUGUAGAUGAGCCUAAGCAGUAGUAACGAAUGAAUGAAUACUGAAUGACUAGUAACUUAGUGAUCAGUGUCCUUUGUCUUUUUAAAUCUCAUGUACAUAUACUAACAAUAAAGCUUUGUACAGUUAUGAUGAUGAUGAUGAUGAUGAUGAUGAUAAUGAAUGUAACUACAUGUAAGUACUGCAUUUACAGACAACACUGAUGUCUUCAGGUGGCUAAGAUUGCAUGUAAAUCCCACACUAUAUGAAAUCUUGAACACAUCUAAUAAA